AUCAGUAUUCGUUCAGAAAUAUAAUAAUAAAUUCCAAAUCACCCUUGUGAAGAAUUAUAGCAUUAAAUAUAUCUAUCUUGUUUAUAUCUUCAGAAACAUAUAGAGCUAUCUCUCUUAGAAUUAGAUAUGUCAAUUAAGAUCCUGAUGACAAUAUAGGUACCAUAGAUAAAAAAAUUUAAACAAGAACUUGUUUUUGAGUCGUGGUAAUUAUCUUCGGCAAGGUAAAAUACUGCAAAAAACUUAUUAAAUAACUAUAAAAUGAGUUUAUAAUGUCCGGCGCGAGCGGUACGGGUGCUCCGCCCCCCGGCGGCGUGGUUCGUAACAGCGCCCUAUCGUUCGUUGCGUCUGCGCAGCCUUUGCAACCUUCGGGUGUUCCUACGGGCAAUUCUGAGGAUGGUACUGGCAGGGAGGAAAUGGUACAUGCAGACAGGCUGAUGCCUGCAGGUCUGAAAGCACUCUGUGAUGCCUGCUCCAGAGUGUAUGUGGACCAGCCCAACCCUCUGCAGGUGACGACAAGGCUCAAGUAUUGGCUAGGAGGCCAUGAUCCAUUGGACUACAUCAGCAUGUAUUGGAAUCCAGGGAAGCCUGAGGAGCACAUACCUCCACACUGGCACUACAUCAGUUUCGGCCUCUCGGACCUGCAUGGCGACGGGCGCGUGCAUCCGCCGCCAGACGCCACCCUGGACGCACCGCCGUCAGGCUUCGGCAUCGAGCUGACGUUCCGUCUAUGUGCUGAGGGCACCACACAGCCGCCACUGUGGCCUGCUGCACUGCUUCAGGCCCUGGCUAGAUAUGUCUUUACUACUGGUAAUAAGUUCUGUCCCGGCGACCACAUAUCGUGGCACAGGAGCCUGGACGGCCGCACGGGCGCGGAGUCCCGCGUUCGACACCUGCUAGUGGCGCAGGAUCCGCAGCUUCUCGUCCAGAACACGCCGCACGGCACUGUUAACUUUCUACAGAUGGUAGGUUGCACAGGGAGGGAGUUGCGAGCGGCGCAAAGAGGCUCUGGUUUCGAUGUGCUCAAACUCAUUGGAGAGGAUGCCAAGUGUGGCGGGUGGUGGCUGGUGACGCGCAUGGAGCGGCGGCGCUCGGCGCGGGGCGUGCGCGGCGCGCGCGCGGGCGGCGCCACCCUCGCUGGCGUGUCCUGCGCGCUGCGCUGGCGGCCCUGGGCUGAGUCCCAAGAGCAGUCGCCGGCGCCGUCGCCGUCCACCCUGACUCCUGGGGUGGAGCAGCAGAUCAAGGACACGCUGCAGAGGGGCCUCAGCACGCUCAGCACCGACAGGACUGGUCCUGAAGGACACAUGUCGACGGACAGCUUCGAGAUGUCCAGCAUCGAGAGAGCUCUCCCCAACAUACAGACUUCUGUGCAAGGCACGUGGCGGGAAGACUGCGUGGAGUACCUGGACGGAGUGCACAUCAUGAUCAACGCGGAGGGCGCUAGCCUGCUGCCGCUCGCUGUCGACGGUCGCGUGCUCCAAGGCAGUCACUUCACGUGGCGCUGCGGCGGCGCGGCCGUCACGCUGCUGCCGCCCGCCGUCACCGGCGCCUUCGUGUCGCCGCUCCGGCCCUACGCCGUCAAGGGCGCCUGGCUGCAGGUAUUGGUACCAAAAGAGCUCGCGCUGGAGAUGUCGUGCAGUGUGUCGUCGCUGGAGGCGCUGGCGGGCGCCGACUCCGAGUCGGACUCGGACUCGGGCGAGAGUCCCGCGCCGCCGCCGCUCCCGCUCACUCUAGCUUGGCCGAGACACAGACUCAAGAUCACAAUACUUCCUGACGAGCACACGUUGUGAAAUCAUUAAUAUUAAUUUCACGCUAAAUAAAAAUACAUGCAACCAGUGUUUGUCCCCGGUGUGGGCGCGAUAUGUCCGCUCUGGGUUCGAUUAUUUGCGUCAUAUACCGUGAUAGAGGGCGAACGACGUACUGAGCACAAAUACAUGAAGUAAUACCGAGUAAAUUGUCUGCGACUGUCGGAUUUUUUAAUCCAAGCACGGUAAUGAGAUACCAGUACUCCUAAUGGUAAGUGAAGAGGGGCCAAUAGAAUGUCGACUGACGAGAUGAUUACCCCUCAACAGUUAACAUAAUUAUGCCGGCCUGUUGGAACCGGUUAUAUACAGGCUAAUCCCGGAACGCGACACUUACGUGGACCACUAUGGCGGGUUGUAACACCUUGUGUACUGUGGUGUAUAUGUAUAAGUCAUAGCGGGUUGCUGGAUGCAGACCGCCUUCAAUAAUUUGAACUAGUAUUUCUCGGCCUAUGUUCGGUAGACAUAAUGGUGUGGAGUAAUGGUGGCGACAGGUGGCGCCACUAGUUCAAUAUAAAAAUCUCACAAUUAAACGAUAGGUGCUA